AUGGCGCCCGCGUGCCUCAAAGCCCUCCAGCAGCGGAUCGAGCCCCGGCUCCCGCGCCGCCUCCGCGCAGUGCCCCUGCCCGCCUUGGCCCUCAUCAGUCUGCUCAUUCUCAUCAACCUGGUCGUGUGGGCCGUCGUCGGCGUCGUCCUGCGCUUCUACCCGGGCCUCACCGGCACCGCCGUCCUGGCCUACACCCUCGGCCUGCGCCACGCCCUCGAUGCCGACCACAUCAGCGCCAUCGACCUCAUGACGCGCCGCCUCAUUGCCUCGGGCCAGCGCCCCGUCGCCGUCGGCACGUUCUUUAGCCUGGGCCACUCGACGAUUGUGGUCAUUACGUGCGUUGUCGUGGCGGCCACGUCGGGCGCGCUGCGCGACCGCUUCAACGGCUUUGAGCGCGUGGGCAACAUCAUCGGCACCAGCGUGUCGGCGGCGGUGCUGCUGAUUCUGUGUGCGGGCAAUGCGUGGGUGCUGUGGCGGCUGGUGCGCGGGCUGCGGGCGGAGCUGCAAAAGGACGCGCGGUGGCGGGAGCACCGGGCGCACCGGGAGCGCCGUGAUCGACAGCUUGGCAGCGAGGACGACGAAGAGGGGGCCGUCCCCGGCGGAUCACCCGAGCCACUCGCGCCCUACCGGGACAAUGUGGAGGUUGGUGUGGAUGCGGAUGCGGAUGCCGUAGCCGAGGCAGACAUGCAUGAACGCGACCGCGUCCACAGCCUCGCUGGCGAGCACCGACCGGCCGGUCCCCAUGCGGUUGCCGCGGCCACGGCCCCCGACGCCAUGGCCCACUCCGCCGCGCACCUCAAGCUCGAGGGCGGCGGCUUCCUGGUGCGCGUCUUCCGCCGGCUGUUUGUCCUCAUCGACCGCCCCUGGAAGAUGUACCCGCUCGGCGUGCUCUUUGGCCUCGGGUUCGACACCAGCUCCGAGGUCGCCCUCAUUGGCAUCGCCAGCAUCCAGGGCGCCAAGGGCACCAGCCUGUGGCUGAUCCUCCUCUUCCCCGCGCUCUUUACCGCCGGCAUGUGCAUGCUCGACACGACGGACGGCGCCCUCAUGAUGGCCCUGUACACGUCCAAGACGUUUUCGCGCGACACCGUGGCCAUUCUCUACUACUCGAUUGUCUUGACCGGCAUCACCAUUGUCGUCGCCGCCUUCAUCGGCUUCGUCCAGCUCUUUACCCUCAUCGGCAACGUCGCCGACCCGCCGCCCUCGGGGCCCUUCUGGGACGGCGUCGGCGCCAUUGGCGACCACUUUGACAUUGUCGGCGGCAGCAUCUGCGGGCUGUUUGUGCUGGCUGGCGUCGGGUCCGUGCUCGUCUACAAGCCGUGGCGCCGGCGGACGGACCGGCGGUUGGCGGCACGGGCAGCACAGGCGGCGCGGCCGUCGCAAGACGAGCGACAGGCGGCCACUGUCGUCACGGCGUCGGACCCGGCCGCCGUCGAAGCCGCACCCGAUCUGGCAGCCGAAUCCUCUGGCAAGCCCGGCAGCAAGCCCGGCAGCAAGCCCGGCAGCAAGGCGCCACAGCUCGUUGCUGCAGUUGAGAUCACGGGGGAGUCGAGCGACCAGUAA